AUGUCAGCAAGACCUAAUCAUAAUGUUCAAAACAGAAAAGUACGCUCGGAUUAUAGUUAUUUGUGCGGGUUGAAAUAUCGACACUUAAUUCCUCCUCCAAUUGAUCUUCCGAUGGAUCUGUCAUGGAAACCGGAUCUAAAUAGAAUAACCAAUAUCAAUCGGACUUCACGUACUUUUCAAACAAAACGUCUUUCUCUACUUAGUGACACCGAUUUGGGGAUGACAUAUGACUUAAGUGUUGUUCCUAGUGCAUUUAAUGUUGAUGAUAAUG